UUAAAAGCUCGACACAAUCCAAAAAACCUACACGAAAAUGACUGUUAAUUAAGUAAAUGCUUCAUUUAGCAAAUGUUUUUCAAAUACUACCCAAAUUUUACCAAAAUAGGCAAUAGCAAAUAGCACAUAGGUAAUACAAGCAAUACUAUAUAUUUUGUCGGCAAUGGGAGACAAAAAACCAGACCGGAAACCUAUACCAGGAUGGUUGAACUUUGUAUUCGGAGGAAUGAGUGGCAUGAUGGGCAUAUGCGUGGUUCAACCAGCUGACUUGGUAAAGACGAGGAUGCAGCUUAUGGGCCCAAAAGGUGACAAGUCUGUGAUGACAACCGUAUCUGGCAUACUUAAGAACGAAGGCGUUUCUGGGUUCUACAAGGGGCUUAGCGCUGCAUUGUUCAGACAAGCUACAUAUACGACUGCGAGACUGGGUAUCUUCAACAGCAUAAACGAUUAUUAUACGAGUUCGCACGGUGCUCCGAGUUUCCCAAUGAAGCUGGUAAUCGGCAUGGUUGCGGGAGGACUGGCCGCGUUCGUCGGCAAUCCAGCGGAAGUGGCUCUCAUCCGCAUGACGGCUGACGGUCGCCUGCCACCCGAUCAGCGACGGAACUACAAGAAUGUAUUUAAUGCGCUUUCCAGGAUAAUUUCUGAGGAAGGCGCGGCGACGUUGUUUAGGGGCGCGAGCGCGACCGCCACCCGAGCCAUGGUGGUGAACGGAGCGCAACUGGGGAGCUACUCACAGGCGCGGGAACAGCUGUUGCCAGUUUUAGGCCAAGGGAUCGUCCUACAUUUUAUCGCUUCCCUGAUCUCCGGAUUGACUACAGCCUUAGCUUCUCUGCCUGUAGACAUCGUGAAGACACGUGUACAGAAUUCAGCAAAAGGGGUCAACCAGUUUCAAGUACUGGGCAGCAUAAUAAAGGAGGAAGGAGUUCUCACCCUGUGGAGGGGGUUCAUCCCCACGUACGCCAAGAUGGGACCCCUGACCGUGCUCAUGUUUAUAUUCUUGGAACAAUGGAAUGCGUUAUAUUAUAGGCUCACUGAAUAAG